UGUAUGGAGGAUUUCAACGGGGGGAGACAGCUAAUAUUAACUUUUAGUCUGUCGCCACCAUUAUACCACCGAAGAAGCAUAUCCCGCCCUCCUUCUUGGGUCUUUUCUUCUUCUUCUCCUUCUUCUUCUUCUUCUACUUGUACUAGAAAGUAAGCACCACUGGUCCAAGUGGUAAAAGGGGUUUAGUCGCUAGCUUACUUGGCUUCGACAGCAGCAAUCAAGGAAUGAUCUGACAGUCGUUUCAUUAGCUUCCGAGCUAGCGAGGCAGCAGGCUACCACGCCGGUGGCACGUUAGCCGCGUUGCUAGAAAGAUGGCAAUCGUUACAUGUUAGCAGCAGGAAUAACGUUAAUAUAGUAGGCUCGCUAGCUGCCUAGCAUUAGCUUCGAUUAGCUGGAGCGGUCGUUUCUUCUAUCUGGGGUCAGAUUCCCAUCAAAGAGAUUAAACGAUUUUCGACAUGAGGCUUGAUGUUAGCCAGCGAUUGCAUAAAUUGUUGUUGAACGAAUAUUGGUAUUUUUUCCCUCCCUGACCCAACAUCGGGCUGACAUUGUCCGUACAGUAGACGCUGAUAAGUAGUGGCUAGCGUGAGGUCAUCCUCCAUAAUGCUUGUCAUGGAAUAACAUUCAUGGUGUUUAGACAAGUGUUAGUUCUACCGGAGUUAGUAUUAAGGGCAUAUUUUAAAUAAAGAAAUCAUCCACGGUGCUUGCAGGUAAACGGGUAAAGGCAGAUGCAGCGAACCAGAACCAGACUGCGAUGGAGUAGUAAUACCUAGUGGUUUAUGUCUGACCAUCUGUGUUAGGACAAGAUAGUUUCUGCUCAUAAGAGGGACGCAGAUAGGCCCAGAUCGCGCUAACUAUCAGCAGGGGGCAUUAUUACAAUUCCAAUGGCUGUGCAUUAUAUUCUGUGGUUGUUUUUACAAUUCUCUUCAAAAGACCCAGUACAGCAACAAAUUGACACGGCAAACAAGUAUUGCAAAUGUAGCCAAUGCCUGAUUAAGCGUAUUGUUUUUCGCCAGAUCUUCAUUAUUGUCCGCAAACUCAAAAAUACAACAGUGAGCCACGCUGCUGAACAGACUGACAUGUUGCUUCAUUAUAGUAAAUGUGGUUGCUGUAGUCUUCUGUGACGUAAUCCUACAUACACUGUUCCGCUACUGGAAAUACUCAAUGAAUCACCAAAUCCCAAACUGAAAAUAAUCCCAAAUAAAUUCCCACAAAACCUUGUAGUCAUGUUUGACAAACUUUUGCUAAAACCCACAGUGCCUAGGUGUUUUAGGAAGUUGUUUGAUAUUUAUAUAAGGAAGCUUUAAAAAUGUUUUUGUGACUUUUGUAUAUUCAGUAGGAACUAAUGUGUUUGCCGCAAAGGGUUGCAUACAGGCUGGGGAAGUUGGAAAGCAGAGAGAUACAGAAUCACUGAUAGUUGGUUUUGGUCAAAAAUAUGAAACAUCGCCAGCCUUAUCUUUUGUCAUAUAUCCUUGUCUGCCAAUUAAAUUGGUUCACUGGAACGCGUGUUACAUUAAUGUAUUUCAAAGGUAUUGAUGUGAGUCUUUCAGUGGGUUUCUUUGAUUUGUUCAGUUUUUGAAGUAGAGCUUUACUGGUUCAGUGUGAGGUCUGAUUUGUAUCCAGUGAGUGGGAAGGGUUGUGUUUUGAUUAUAGUCACAUGCAGAAGCAGCAUGAGCUAGACUGCACUUCCAGUGGGUCCAAUUACAGCACAUAUCUAAUUGAUGUUGGAUCUAAACAUCGGCUCGGCCCGUGAAAUGGCAGACAGAGAGAAAGACUUGGCAAGGUCUCUACCUGAGCAGCAACCUGCAUGGUCAAAAUAACAAUUAGCUAAGGCUCAGCACAUGCCAUGGAGAGUUCGUCGGUGUACAUGUGCUUUCCCUGCUACCGGGAGUUUAACACUCUGGAAGAAGUACUCGAGCACCAGUUGACAUGCAGUGCUGAGGAUGAACAGCCAGACACCUCUGGAACCACCCCUGUCACUGUUCCAGUGUUACAGGCUCGGCAACAGGUAAUAAAUGUAUCUAGGACAGUUGCAGUCCCAGAGAUUCAAGUCCAAGCAGGACAAAUCUCCGUACAACCUAUUAAGACUGCACCAAAGCAGUCAACUGCAGUCAGUACAACACUGACAUCGGACCAGCCCAGAAUCCUCUAUCAGUGUGGGGACUGUGAUGAACUUUUCAAAAGCCUGGACCUGUGGCAGCAACACCGUAAAGAAGAGAAAUGUCAGCAGGCUGCCUCUGGGAGCAAGUCAAAACCUGAUUCACAACCUGAGCCAGAGACAAUUUCAGCUCAGAGGUCCAGUUCACCUUUAAACCCUGAUGAUCCUGCUCUCUCGAAGAGUGAAACCAGCCAAACUCUUAUGCCAGAACCACUGGAGAAACCUGUAGCAGAGGAAGAGAGUCAACAAGUUGCAGAUGCCUCUUCAGCUCCAAGCUCUGAACCUGCUAUUUGUGAAGAGGCCCCUUCAACCUCGAAUCUGGAAGAUUCGUCUCCCAAGAGGAGAGGGGCUAACAAAAAGCCAAAGCCUGAACCAGUGCUCCUGUGUGUGGACUGUGGUUCAUGCUUUGGCCUGGUGUCUGAACUAGUGGCUCAUCGCAAGACCCAACACGGCUUUGGGGAAGCUCUGCACCGCUGCUCCGUUUGUGGGGAAUGCUUUCUAAACACCACCCUUUUUCUCUACCACCGCAAGCAACACAAGCAGAAAGGCGAGGAAAAGGUACUAGUGGUUCCUGAAGAGUCAUCAGGGGAUGUUUGUACUCAGAGCUGUGGGACCAAUGAGCAGGGCCAGGAUUCCACUCCUUCCACUGAUAAUGACUCCUCCAGCUUCACAAAGCCUGAGUUGUUCUUGUGCACCCAUUGUGGGCAGAACUUCAGCGACGAGGGGGGGCUGGUCACCCAUCGCAAGCAGCAGCAUGACCUGCAUGAGCCACUGCACAGCUGCACCCAUUGCGGCGAGAGCUUCAUGAACACCACGAAGUUCCUGUACCAUCGCCGGCAGCACCGCUUAACAUCAGAGGCAGACAUAGCAAAUGGAGCCGAAACUGGUGAUGAAACAUCCACCACUAAACUUCAGGAUAUCCCGCAGAGCUCAAAGCGGCUGCUUUCCCCAACUGCCUCUGCCAGUGAAUCAGGUUCACCCCUUUCUAAGAGAAACAGGCCGUCUUUCAGGAUCCUGAGUGGUGGUAAUGCGCUCAAAGGAAACAAAGGUACUGGCACCAACGAGGAAUUGGAGGGAAGCACCGCAGCAGACUCGGACAACACCAACCAUCCUCCACCUGCCAAGCUGCUGCAGGACUGGGCCCGCACACCGCUACCCCAUGUUUGCCCCUACUGUGGCAAAACCUUCACCCGGCGUGUUUUCCUUCGCACUCAUGUUUACAGCCACACUGGAGAAAAGCUCUUCACAUGCAAGGUCUGCACAAAGUCCUUCACCAACUCCCAGAGCCUGCUGCGCCACAGCAUGAGCCACACAGGCAACAAGCCCUUCAGCUGUGAUGUUUGUGGCAAAAACUUCUCCCAGGCACCCACUCUGAAGAGACAUCAGCGCAUUCACACAUCGACACUGCCUCCACGCAAGCGGGGACGCAAACCGGUUUGUACUCUGGACAAUGAGGGCGCUGCUCAUCUAUUCCCGUGUCCUCACUGCCCCUCUCGAUUCAACACGGAGGAUCAGCUUAACCAUCACAAGCUCCUGCAUACCAGCCAUCCCUUCCCUUGCCCUGAAUGUGGAGAGGCCUUCAAGCGCAGGAAAGACCUGGACCUGCACUCACUCACUCACCAAGACAAGGAGCCAGCAAUGUGUCCUCACUGUUCAUCCCAGUUUGUGAACCAGUCGGUGUUGGAAAUUCACUUGCAGCGUUGCCCUACCACAGAGGAGGAGAGGAAUGCUGGUCGCGGUCGUGGUCAGGGCCGGGGACGAUCCACUGGACAGAUUGAGUGUGACCUAUGUGGCCACCGUUGCAUGACCCAAGAGGGCCUCGACCUCCAUCGGUUAUCCCACACGGGGCAAACACCUCUCAAAUGCCCAGUGAGGCCUUGCAGACGUCGAUUUAUUUCCAACACUGCCCUGGAGGAGCAUGUGCUGGCCCAUUUCCAAGGGACUCUCGGCAAGUCCAAAAAUCGACCCCGCUUCCGCUGUCAAAUUUGCCACAAGGAAUUUGCCUACAAUUCCACCUUCAGUGUUCACAUGAGGACACAUACUGAUGAGAGGCCCUUUGAGUGCGCCACCUGUGGAAAGCGCUUCCGCCAGCUGCCUCAUCUGCAGGACCAUGAGCGCAUCCACACUGGCCUGCGUCCCUUCUGCUGCUGGAUAUGUGGUAAGAGUUUCAGCGUGGCUGCCCGCCUCACCGAGCACGCCCGCACCCACAGUGGGGAGAAGCCCUACCCCUGUUCCCACUGCCCUGCCGCCUUCCGCUCUCGCUCCAACUUGGAUAAACACAUCCGGCUACAUGGAGACCUGCCUCUGGAUACCGUUGAGCAAGCGGCGCAGGCGGUUGAGGCUGCACACGUCCAGAAGGUUUUGGAGGGGGCCAAGGUGCUGUCUACUGUGGCCACCACGGCGGAGGUUGACUCCGGCACGGUGCAGACCAUCUAUGUAUUACAAGGGACUGAAGGAGGUGCUGAGACGGUCAUGAUCCCGUCUGAUCAGCUCACUGGCAUGGAGGGAACCUCACAGGUUGUCAUCCUACCCUCCUCUGUUCUGGGAGCUCAGGGCAUUACUGUUCCCACAAUCACUAUGGAUGGAAGUGAAAUCACUAUGGUGGAGGCGAGCCAGUCGCCACAGCACGCCAUUGAGUUCAUUGUGGAGGAGACUGUAUAAAAGACAACACAGGAGAGAAAACAAUUUGCUGUGAAGAUAGACAGUGGAGUGAAAAGUGUGAUUACUGAAAGAUAUCCAGUUAUAACCUUAUAUGUAUAUAGUUUGAUAGGUUUAUAAGCCACUUUCAACAAAGGUCCCUUCCUUCCCCCCUAGCAAGGAAGUAGUUUGGGCAGAAAAUUAAUUUAAUGUUGUAAUCCUUAAGAUUUCUUUCCUGGUUGACUUGAUGACAACAAAUGUGGUUUCACGCUACGGGUCACAGAAGUGUGUAGGCAGCAAAACAAGGUAUUGUUUUAGUAAAAAAAAAUCAGGCAGCGACAGCCUUUUCCGUCAUUCUGUGAGCAACAGUGAUCUGAUUUUAUGUUGCACACAGCAUGAAUCUGCCCCUUUUACAGCAGUGCGCAGUGAAAGGAAUUGGUUACCUCUCUGAGAGGUUGGAGGUGCACUGCCUCUCACCUGCAGGUCUUCAUCUAACAGUCCACUGCGUGGCUGCUGCUUCUUCUUCCAGUACUGCUUGCAAUAUUUCAAACCGAGCCCCUGUUGAAAGAAACCGAAAUUACUGUCUGUUGUUUUGUAGAUGCAUUUUUGGUGAACAAUACAUGUAAAUGCCCAGCUCACUGACACACACAUUUCAUUUCUUGUGACUACUUCAUAAUAAAAUUCAGCCUGGGUUUCACCAGUUCAAUGCUUUUAACAUGAAGCUGCCGUAGUAGGAGUUCAGUUUGCAUUAGCAGAAACCUAUUACAAGCAUUUUUUCUGGGUAUGUUGCCAUACACCCAGUUCGUAAUACUGCAAAUACAUAAAUAAUGCAAUACAUUCAUCAGUGGGCCACAGGCUCAGUCACCAUUUGGCAAUCGAUAGUGAUUAAGCCAGCAGUUACUUAAAUGAAAAUCUUCAAGACUAUUGCUUUUAAUAAAGUUGACAGUAUAAAACUAAUGGAAGUAAAGGUUGAAUCGCAGAAUGUAUCCUAAAUUAGUCUUUCAAACUGAUUGAAAAACAAUAAAAUUGUCCUUCAAUUGUAUACAGACGUGUAUUUACAGCCCCUGUUUAUUAGGGGAAGGCCUGUGGUGGCUCAUGAAGUGUCCCAUGCUUUCUUUAUAAUAAAACGCUACAGCUUU